GCGACUCGACAUGCAGAAAUGGUGGCAAUCGAUCAGGUCCUUGACUGGUGCAAGCAACAGAACAAAGAUUACACAGAAGUGUUUGCAAACUCAGUAUUGUAUGUAACUGUAGAGCCUUGUAUCAUGUGUGCAGCUGCUGUGCGCUUGAUGAAAAUUCCACGGGUUGUGUAUGGCUGUCGAAAUGAGCGGUUUGGAGGCUGUGGCUCAGUUUUGAGCAUCUCAUCUGAUGAUAUGGUAGACACAGGAGAACCAUUUGAA